UACAACAACAUCAUCCAACUCACACAUCAUGUUUCCGUGAUUUGAUUAAUCAAAGUCCUUCAAGAUGCCUCUCUCAUUCGGUAGACGAGUCUCAAUACUUCCCCGAGACAGACAACGACAAAGCACAUAUCCUUUAGCCAAUAGCUCGAGGAAAAAGGAUCGAAGAUGGCCUCUUGUACUACGGUUCACGAAGGGAUCCAUUCACUCUGCAAUUCUCUUUCCUGUCUUCAUACAUUCAAUUCUGACUGCUCUGAUCGUAUGGAUCAAUCAACAUAUAUCAAGAGAUUUCAAUCUCCCCAGUACUAUCAUCCCUUCACUGUCCAUAGUCGUUGGUCUCAUGCUUGUGUUCCGUAACCAGACUGCGUUUCAGCGGUUUUGGGACGGCCGUUGCCAAUUCAGCGUUGUGACAACUUCAAUAAGAUGUCUUUCCCGUCAGAUCCUAGUACUAGUACCUGCACCUCCGAUGCAAAGCUCUACCAGCCUUCAUACUGUUAUGUCGAAUGAUUCCAUGAUUCCUAAAUCUAUGAGAAACUCUCGAGAUACUCUAUCCGAUCGAGCUGUUACUUCCGGAGAAGUCGUCUUAUCGAGGUCGGAUGAGAUCAGGACAAUCGAAACCGUCAACAUCUUGAUUGCUAUGCUGUACACCAUCAAAAAUCAUCUUCGUGCCGAGUGGGGUGUAGCUCUGUCUCCUGGGACUAGUCUUACGGAGAAUGGACAAGAGAGUACCGGCGAUGAAUACAAAGACUUGUUGCCUGCUGGGUUAAAGGGCUAUGAGCAUAGAGGCUUGGGAUUGACGCUUGAGCUGGCCACUUUCGUGGAGAAAUUCAUCAACAUGGGCGUAUCAAAAAAUUGGUUCCAUAAUGCUGCUUCGGCGGCUAUGCUCGGCGAGUUGAAUGCUCUCAUUAAGGCAUAUGGUGCCAUGGAAGUCAUUAGACUGGUUCCGAUUCCCGUUGCACAUUUGAUUCAUCAUAAGCAGACGCUAGCUCUUUAUUGUGGUAUACUGCCUUUUGCCAUGGCCUCAGAGAUGGACUGGUGGGCUGUUCCUCUCGUUGCAUUUGUAUCCUUUACUUUAUACGGAAUUGAAGGAAUAGCACAAACUUAUGAAGAUCCUUUCGGGGUUGCCAAGAUCGAUAUCAACAUGGACGAUAUAGUCGAAGAUACCCGUCGAGAGGUCGAAGUACUGCUAACCGCCUGGCAAACCCAAGGUCCUGGUGACGGCGGAAUUUUUCGCCCACGAGUGUCAGCAGUGCCAAAAUCGGAUAACAGCAGCGAAUUUUAUGAUGGAGAGUUGAACACCAGCGAGGAAAGCGGUGUUAGAAGUGGAGUUCGCUUUGUUGUGAGUGAUAUGACAGAAGGGAGUGGAAGUUAUAGGGAUGAUGACCAGGUUGAAAUCAGAAACUUGAGGACAUCAAGGCUUUCCAGUGCUGUGAGUCCAGGGACGGUGUCUGCAGGAUCAGGUGGAAGCGAUUAUUUUGAUGCCAAUAAUGCCUAGAAGUACAUAUAAGCAUGGAGGGCGUCCGCAUUAGCAUUCAGGAGCAUUGGGUCAAAUAGAGUGUCUUUAUUGGUAUUGGUACUGUACUCAAUAUUAUGCAUACUGCCGUUGAGAUGUAGAACAAGACAGAUUAAGAUGAUACAAAUUGUAC